UUCAUAUAUUUCUUGUUAAAUUUUAAUGCAUAGUUUGACUGAGCUUCUAAUUCCAAUUCCCAGAUGAGAACAGUACAUAUAGUUUCCAUUGUAAUUGAUAAAGUUUGUUUUUUUAUUAGUGGGGUUGGAAAUUUUCUUAGUUUAAUUAGCUUUAUCGGUGUAAAAGACUGAAACUACUGUUUUAGUGGUGAUCGGAUCAAUGGGGUUUCCUAAAAAAGUAAUCUUGUUUGCUUCUUGAACUCCCCCAAUAUUUUUCUGACAAAUAUUGAUUGCAAGAAUUUCAUCAAUGGGGGGAGCUUGUUCUAGGAAGAGAGACCAAAGAGAAGAAGAAGAUAACAUAGGUGGUGGGAUUUACAGAAGAUAUGGGAAAAGUGGGAGUUCAAAGUGGUUGGCAACUUCAUUCAGUAGACAGUCUAGUGACAUUCAAAUGGGAAAUGGAAAGUGCUUAUCCCUUAUGGACUUAUGCAUAAAGAAAAUACGUGAGGACAUUGAUAAAUAUACUACUUUCUCAAUGCUCCCAAGGGACAUAAGUCAGCAGAUUUUCAAUGAUUUGGUGUUUUCAAGAUUGCUAACUGAGGCUUCUCUUAAUGCUUUUCGGGAUUGUGCACUGCAGGAUCUUUACUUGGGAGAAUAUCCUGGGGUAAAUAACAGUUGGAUGGAUAUGGUGGCAUCACAGGGUUCUUCUUUGCUUUCUGUGGAUCUUUCUGCAUCUGAUGUUUCUGAUGAUGGGUUAAUUCACCUUAAAGAUUGCAUAAAUCUCCAAACAAUAAACUUUAAUUAUUGUGACCAAAUUUCAGAUCGUGGGCUGGAAUGCAUCAGUGGUCUCUCAAACUUGACAAGUUUAAGCUUUAGAAGAAACAAUGCAAUCACUGCUAAAGGAAUGAGUGCCUUUGCUGGAUUAGUGAACAUGGUUCAGUUGGAUUUGGAAAGAUGUCCUGAGAUUCAUGGUGGACUUGUUCAUCUUAAAGGUUUAACAAAGUUGGAAUCUUUGAAUUUGAAUUGGUGUAACUGCAUAACAGAUGCUGAUAUGAAGUCUAUAUCAGGGCUUACAAACUUAAAAGGAUUACAACUUUCCAGCAGUAAAGUUACAGAUGCUGGAAUUUCUCACUUGAAAGGUCUUCACAAUCUCUCUUUGUUGAACUUGGAGGGAUGCCUAGUUACUGCUUCAUGCUUGGAUUCUCUUUCAGCUCUUGCUGCUCUUCUCUAUCUGAAUCUUAGCAGAUGUCGUCUUACUGACGAUGGAUGUGAAUUUUUUUCCGGACUUGGAAAGAAACUAAAAGUGUUGAAUUUGGCUUUCAAUGAAAUUUCUGAUACUUGUUUGGCACACUUAAAAGGUUUUACAAAUUUGGAGAGCUUGAACUUGGAUUCUUGUAGGAUCACUGGUGACGGACUGGCAAAUUUGACAGAUCUUCGUCGUCUGAAAUGUUUGGAGUUGUCUGAUACUGAAGUCGCAAGCAAUGGGCUACGCCAUUUAUCUGGUUUGGUUAAUCUGGAGAGUAUAAAUUUAUCAUUCACUGCAAUUACCGACACUAGUUUAAGAAAAUUGUCGGGACUCACAUCUCUAAAAUCUCUAAAUUUGGAUGUUCGCCAAAUUUCAGAUACCGGACUAGCAGCUCUAACAAGUUUGACUGGAUUAACGCAUCUGGAUCUUUUCGGAGCUCGCAUCACAGACUCUGGAACAAGCUACUUGCGAUACUUCAAAAAUCUGAGGUCCCUUGAAAUUUGCGGAGGAGGAUUGACCGACUCCGGUGUAAAGAACAUAAAAGACCUGUCAUCAUUGACACUAUUGAAUCUAUCACAAAACUGCAACUUGACAGACAGAACCUUGGAGAUGAUUUCAGGUUUGACAGGAUUGGUAUCUUUAAAUGUGUCGAAUUCUCGUAUCACCAGCUCGGGACUUAGACAUUUGAGAACACUCAAGAAUUUGAAGUCAUUGACAUUGGAAUCGUGCAAGGUGUCAGCAAACGAUAUCAAGAGUCUUCAGGAGAAUCACCUCCCUAAUCUGGUGAGCUUCCGACCCGAGUAGUGGUUGUGUUGAUGGUACUUUCAGCAUGAAGAGACACCAUAAUCACUUGUAUUAUUUGUAUAUAUAAGAAAAAGAGGGAAGCAAAUAAGACUUUCAAAGUGGUAAUUGUAGUUGUCUAAUGUCUAUGCCUUAUGUGAAGGUUUCUUCUAAAUCAUUUCUUGGUUUGAGAAGAAAAUGUGUAUAUAAAGCUUCCUAAGCAUGGUUUCUUUUGUCAAGCAAAACUUUGGUGAUAUUGGUGUGUCAAAACAUUGGUUCAAAAUGAUUACAUGCAAAAUGCAAUUAUGAUUUAUGAAUGAACAUAUAUGUAUAUAUGAAUAUUGAUGUAUCUAUUCCUUGAAAAGUUAAAAUUCAUUGCUUUUGUUUUUUUUA